GCCCGGCUCGGCUCGGCGCAGGCUCCCCGGGACGCGCCGCUCCCGCCUCUCCAGCAGCGCAGCAGCGGGGCCGCCACCGGGCCGGGAGAGCAGCGCGGCGGGGCCGGCAGCGGAGAGCGGAGAGCAGAACAGAGCGCAGCGCCCCGCGGGGUCCCGGGCCCGAGCGAGAGGCCGAGCGGCGGGGGAUGGAGCCCCGGGCCUAGAGGCGGCCGCCCUGCCCGACCCCUGCGGGCGAGGGCGGGCGGGCAGCGGGGAUGGGCCCGGCCGCGGGCGGGGAGCGCCGCCCGCCCCCCGAGCGCAGCCCCUGAGCCCCGCACGGGCCCCCCGCGCUCGGAGCAUCGCUUCUUGCCGAGGGUUUCUUUUUUUUCCUCCCCCCACCCGCGUCCACCACCGAGCUUGUUUUGUUGUUUGUUUUUGUUGUUGUUGUUGUUUUUGGAGUUUUUUCUUGCUGGAGUUUUUGCUUUAUCCCCCACGCCCCACUUCCGUGGUUUGGAUAUUCUGGGUGACUGCAAAGAAGAGUUUUGGAGUUGUUUUGGAUUGGGUUUGGUUUUUGUUGGUUGGUUGUUUUUUUUUUUUUUUUUUUUUGUUCCCUUCUCCUGCCCUUGAACUGAGUUUGUCCUCUGUGCAUGCCUCUUCUGGAGCAAGGCUGGAUCCUGAACCUCGGUGCAUGUAAGGGGCAAAGCCUCGUUCAUAUUCCUGCAAGAAGAGUAAAAUGUAAAUUGGAUAAUACGACUUCUUGCCAAAGGCUCCAAUGAGUGGCACACAGUCCACAAUCACGGACAGGUUUCCUCUCAAAAAACCUUCGAGACACGGCAGCAUUCUGAGCAGAGAGUCUCCAGCAGACAAGAAGCAGAAGGUCGAACGCUGCAGCAGCACCCACGACUUCGAUCCCACAGAUAGCUCCUCCAAGAAGACAAAGUCUAGUUCUGAGGAGAGUAGAUCCGAGACGUAUGGCCUGGUGCAGAGGUGUGUGGUGAUCCAGCGGGAUGAGAACGGCUUCGGGCUGACGGUCAGCGGGGACAACCCCGUCUUCGUGCAGUCCGUCAAGGAAGAUGGAGCAGCCAUGCGGGCUGGAGUGCAGACAGGUGAUAGAAUUAUCAAGGUGAAUGGGACUCUGGUAACACACUCGAACCAUUUGGAGGUGGUCAAGCUGAUCAAGUCGGGUUCCUAUGUAGCUCUCACUGUCCAGGGGCGCCCUCCAGGGUCACCCCAGAUUCCCUUGGCGGAUUCCGACGUGGAUCUGGCAGCUUUUGGGCAUAUGUCUCCCAUCAUGGCAUCCCCCCACUCGCCUGGCACGUCAGGGAAUGCAGAAAGGAUCACCAGCCCCGUGCUCAUGGGGGAGGAGAAUAACAUUGUCCACAGCCAGAAGGUGGAGAUUCUGAGGAAGAUGCUCCAGAAGGAGCAGGAGAGGCUGCAGAUCCUGCAGGAGGAGUACAGCCGAGCCCCCUCCACCCGCCUGCUCAAGGAGAUCCAGGAGGCAAAGAAACACAUUCCUCAGCUGCAGGAGCAGCUGUCCAAGGCCACGGGCUGCACUCAGGAUGGAGUCCUGUCCUCCAGGUCUGUGUCAGAGUCACUGCAGAUCAGCGAGGGCGAGGCAGAGAGUGGGGACAGUGGCAGCAAACUGGAUUUCAGUGGUGACAGCCCCUCCAGACCCAACAGUGACAUUGCUGAUAGCCCUCGCAGUGGCCUGAAGGAGAGGAUUUAUCCAGAUGAGAGCCCAGAAAAGGCUGAGCUUCAAGACACUGACUCCCAGUCCAGUGUUGGCAGUCCCCUGUCCCGAGUGGGGACUCAGAUCAUUGGAGCAGAGGAUGAUGAUUUUGACACGGAGCAGGAGCAGAUUAAUGGGCAGUGCAGCUGCUUCCAGAACAUCGAGCUCCUGAAAUCCCGUCCUGCUCACCUGGCUGUCCUCCUGCACCACGUGGUGUCCCAGUUUGAUCCUGCAGCACUGCUGUGCUACCUUUACACAGACCUGUACAAACAGACCAACUCCAAAGAGACCCGGCGUGUUUUCCUGGAGUUUUACCAGUUUUUCCUGGACAGAGCUGCAAACCUGAAAGUCCCAGUUCCAGAGGAAAUCUCCUUGGAAUUAGACAGGAGAAGGCCAGAGCUCCUCCCUGAAGAGCUGCACCGCCAGUUCAUCCAAACCAUGCAGGAUAAAGUCUGUCCAGAGGUUCAGAGGAACCUGGAAGAUUUCAGGCAGAAGAGGAGCAUGGGGCUGACCCUGGCCGAGGGGGAGCUGACCAGGCUGGACGCGGAGCGGCUCCGCGACCGCAACGCCGUGGAGAAGGAGAGGAGCUGUGCAGAGCAGAUCCUGGCCAAAAUCGAGGAGGUCCUGAUGACAUCUCAGCCUCUGGAAGAAGACAAGAGCUCCACGAUGCAAUAUGUGAUCCUCACCUACAUGAAACACCUGGGAGUGAAAGUCAAAGAGCCUCGGAACCUGGAGCAGAAGCGGGGCCGGAUUGGUUUCCUGCCAAAAAUUAAGCAAAGCAUCAAGAAAGAGAAAGAAGGAGAGGAGAAAGGGAAGAGGAGAGGCUUCCCCAACAUCCUGGGCCCCCCAAGGAGACCAAGCCGACAUGACAGCAGUGCAAUUGGCAGGGCCAUGGAGAUGCAGAAGCCCAGGCACCCCAAGCACUCGCCCACAGCCUCCUCUGUGAGCCCAGAGCCCCCCGAGUCCAGCAAGAUGCGCCAGAGCGGCUCCUCCAGCGAUGGCACAGAUGCCCCUUACCCCCCUGCCAACCCCAUGUCCCCCCUGGCCACGGGGCCUUUCGCCUCUCCAGAGGGCAGCAAGGACAGUGACACAGGUGUGAAGCAGCCUGGGGAAGCCCCACCUGCCAGUGACUCCAUGGAUGGCACCCCCCGCACACCCAACAACACCUUUGAGUUCCCAUCUCCUCUGGAAAACCUGCAGGAGGAGGAGGGAGAGUCUGAGAGGAUGGUUGACAUGGGAACGCCGAAGCCUUUUCGCAAGAUGGACAGUGUUGGCUUUGCAGAUGUGCAGAGUGAGGAUGAGCUCUAUGACUUCGACAUGGACAUGGACCCUCCCAACUGGCAGCAGCUUGUGAGCAGGGAGGUGCUGAUGGGGCUCAAACCCUACGAAAUCAAACGUCAAGAAGUGAUAAAUGAGCUGUUCUACACCGAGCGAGCCCACGUGCGCACGCUGAAGGUCCUGCACAAUGUCUUCUACCAGAGGGUCACCAGGGAGGGCAUCCUCAGCUCCAGUGACAAGCGGAAAAUCUUCUCCAACCUGGAGGACAUCCUUGGGCUGCACGUUGCACUGAACGAUCAGAUGAAAUCUGUCCGAAAAAGGAACGAGACUUCUGUCAUUGGCCAAAUAGGGGAAGAUUUGCUCUCCUGGUUUAGUGGAGCAGCAGAGGAGAAGCUGAAACUUGCCACUGCCACCUUCUGCAGCAACCAGCCCUUCGCUCUUGAGGUCAUCAAGUCCCGCCAGAAGAAGGACUCACGCUUCCAGACCUUUGUGCAGGAUGCUGAGAGCAAUCCCCUGUGCCGGCGGUUGCAGCUGAAGGAUAUCAUCCCCACGGAGAUGCAGAGGUUGACUAAAUACCCCCUUCUGCUGGAUAACAUUGCUAAAUACACAGAGCUGCCUGAGGAGAAGGAGAAAGUCAAGAAAGCAGCAGAUCACUGUCGCCAGAUCCUCAACCACGUGAACCAGGCUGUCAAAGAGUCGGAGAACAAGCAGCAUUUGGAGGAUUAUCAGCGCAGACUCGACCUCUCCUACUUGAAGCAGUCAGAGGAUCCCAUGAUGGAUGAGUUCAGGAACCUGGAUCUAACAAAGAGAAAGAUGCUCCAUGAAGGGCCCCUGACCUGGAAGGUGAAUCGUGACAAAACCAUCGAUCUGUACACUCUGCUGCUGGAGGACAUCCUGGUGCUGCUGCAGAAACAAGAUGACAAACUGGUGCUGAAGUGCCACAGCAAGAUCCUGGCAUCCACAGCUGACAGCAAACACACCUUCAGCCCCAUCAUCAAACUCAACACUGUGCUGGUUCGCCAGGUGGCCACAGAUAACAAAGCUUUCUUCGUCAUCUCCAUGUCGGCGACGGGGGCUCACAUCUACGAGCUGGUGGCACAGACUGUCUCAGAGAAGAAUGUCUGGCAGGACCUUAUAGCUCAGAUGGCAGGAACUGUGAAGAUGGGGAGCAGCAGAAGAGUGAUCCCACUGCCUCAGUCGGGCCCUGGCGAAGAGGAGCGUGAGGAAGAGGAGCAGCAGAAGCUCAAAGAGCAGCAUGGCAUUCCUGCCAGCAGCCUGCAGAGUCCAGAUAAAGAUUUGGGCCUGGAGUCUCCGUUGAUACUGAACCCUCAGUCCUCUUCACCCAUCAUGUCUGAAAAGGCCAAGGUGGAAGGGCUGCUGGGGGCUGAGGCACAGUUUGAGAAGGUGCAGCAGGCAGAGCUGGCACUGAAGGACUCCUCUGCCUGCUAUGAGCACCCAGCCAGCAGCUCAGCCUCGGUGCCAGAGGGGCAGUGGGCACGGGAUGCCCUGAGGAACUUGGGGCUGCUGAGGCAGCUCCUGGUGCAGCAGCUGGGCCUGGCCGAGAAGGGACCCCUGGAGGACAGACAGCGCUCGCCCAGGUUCAGGACCGUGUCCCAGGAAGCCCAGACAGAGAGUGGCACCGAGCUGCAGCCUCCAGAGAGCAAAUUCCAGCAGCCUGGAGAGGACGGGAGCCUCGGCAGAACUGGGGCGGCCGCGGGCGGGCACGGCGCCCGGACUGCCGCCGAGUGCCCGGGCACCGAGCCCGCUGCCAGGGGCGCUUUGCCCAUGGACAGCACGAACCUGGAGGGCUCCAGCUCGGAGCUGGAGGGGCUGGGGGCUGAGGAGAGCGGGGAGCGGUUCUUCGAUGCCCGGGAAGCUCACAGCGACGAGAACCCCGGCGAGAGCGAGAGCGAGCUGCUGGGCAGGAAGGAGGAGGAGGAGGAGGAGGAAGAGGAGGAGGAGGAGGAGGUGCAGAUUCGGAUCUCAGGAAAUUAUUUGAUCCUCGAUGGCUACGGAGCAGUGCAGGAGAGCUCCACGGACGAGGAGGUGUCAGCCCUGGUCCUGCAGUGCACCUCCCACCAGCAGCCCCCCCUGGACUGUCCCCAGCAGCAGCAGCAGCAGCCCCUGUCCCCCCGGGACGCGCGCUCGGACGGGGGCAGCUCGCCCUUCCCCGAGGAGCUGCGCUGGCCGGGGCUGGAGGAGCCCUGCCCCUUCCUGGGCAGCCCUCAGCUCCCGCUGCAGAUCCGAGUGCAGCUCAUGCAGUACAUCCACAACAUCGAGGAUGCCCUGGAGAAGCUGAAGGAGGUUGAGGAGGAUUACAGCGUUCUGCGGCGCCAGGGGCUGGCUGGCUCAGCCUCCACAGGAGAGCACUCAGACAAAAGCUAGUCGUGUUUCCGGGAGUGGCUGAGGACUGGAUGAAGAGAAUCAGGACACAGCACCCGCUGUCUCCCCUGUGGACUCUGGGAUGAGGGUUUGGAGCAUCCAAACAGGAACCAUUCUCUAGCAAAGUGGGCAUGGGGUGCUUUUCCUGUGGGGCAUCUGCACUAUCUUGUCAGUGAGGGAGUCUAUUCUAUUCUGCUCCUCUCUUGCUACCAGAAAUUCAAUUUUUUUUUUUCAGAACAGAAAAAAAAAAAAAACCAAACCAAAUGUACAGAGCUUUGGGUGUAGGAUAUAAAAAAAUGUAUUUAGACAUUUAAAAGAAAAAAAAAAUCAAUGUAUUUAUUUGACUUCAUUCCGUGUAUCAAAAGCACAUUUUAAUUUUUUUAAUCUGCCUUUUUUUUUGUUGUUCUAUUUUUGGGUAGUGACAGUUCUGGCCCCCUGCAUGUGGCCCACCCUGCCUGGUGAGGGGACAGGGGGGACCUGUGUGCAGGGCUUUCCUCACUGGACUGGACUCUGCACUCCCUGCUGGCACUCAGACUACCAGGAGCUACUCAUGAAGGUGUCAGGAUGGAAUUUAUGGCUGGAAUUUGUCUGUAUCCAACCAGCUGCAUGGGAAUUGCUCAUGUCACCACGUGUGGAGCAGGAAUUUUCCAUGCACUAAACAGCCAGGCACUUGAGAUGGGCAAAUUUUCCUUCUCCCCUUUCCCAUUCCUCUGCUGGGAGAGGAGAAAGAGGUUUAAUUUUGGUUUUUUUUUUCCUUGACUUUGUUGGCUUUGAUCAUUGUCUCCUUUGUAAAGUGAUAAAAAAAAAUUACUUGGACCUGCAGCACUUUUGUAACUCUUCUCUGGAUCAAAAAAAAAAAAAAAAGAAAAAAAAAAGAGGAAAAAAUGCAAACCCAGAAGUGUUUCAAAGAUGUGGGGCAGCUCUGCCCCUGAUUCACUACUGAAUGAAAAAGGGCUGCCAUGGAGUUAGCCACAGGUACUGCUGAUUAUAGGGCCAGUAAGUUUUAGUACCUGAAGUAUGUCUUGCUGAGGGCUUGGGGUGGGCUUUGGGGGUUGUUUUUUUUGGGGUGGGCUUGGUUUUUGUUGAAUUUUGCCUUUUUUUUGUGGGUUUUUUUGUUUUUUUUUUUUUUUUUUUAAAUCAUUCGUGCCAAUGUGUUCUCACCCAGAGGGAGAUCAGUGACCUGAGGAGGCUGAAGCAGCUCUUGGGCACUUCCUCAGGCCUGUCCUGGUGGGGUUUGCAGCUGGAAUUCCUGCCAGGAUGGGAAUUAGGGUAACCCUGAGCCCGUUUCCAUUCAUUAUCCACUCCCCCAUGCUGGGUUUCACACAGGAUGGGUCUGACAGCAAGGAAUUCUGCAUUCACUGACCCUUGCCUGCCCUUUAGGCAUCUCCUUGUUUUUCAGGGGGUUUUCCCUAGCAAAUGAGGGUGAUCAGGAAUUUUUGCUGCCCUGCUUGGCACGGGGUGGUUCAAGCCGUGCCCUGGGCUGGGCUGCUCCUGCCAGGUAUGAGGAGCACAGCCUCUUCCCAAGAUUUCAGCUCUUCCAGGGAGCCAAACGGAGCAUCCUGCACAUCCCACGGACAGCCAGAGCUUUGCUCAGCACCAGGAUCCUCCUGCUCCUCUAAACCAAACGUUUUCCCUUUAGCUGCUGGCAAGAAAUCACCUCUGUCCCUUGUCACAGCAAUCCCAGCUCCUCUUCUUCCCCCAGGAACCUGUGGGGGAUGAGCUCAGGUGGCAGGAGAGGGAGCAGAGGUGGUUUUGGUGUGGGAGUUGGAGCCAGGAGCCCUUUUUGGAGGGUAGGGAGGAAUUCCUGUUGUUGCCAGCAGCCUCCUGCCAGGAGCUCCCUGGAUUUUUGGGAUGCACCAAAUGUGUGGGAUUAUUGUCAGUAUUAACCCAGCACUUCAUCCUCAUGGAUGGGCUCUCCCCUCCUCACCUCAGCCUCACAAUUCCCAGGUUACAAACACCCAAAUUUCCUCUGAGAACACCCUGGAAGAGAGCUGGGCAACAGCCACAGCUGGGCUUGGACCUCUUUUCCCCCUCACACUCCAGAAACAGGAGCAGUUCUUGUGACCUCAGUGAUCUGAAGGGUUCCCAGAGGCUUCCAUGGAAUUCCAGAACCCAGGGAGCUCAGUCUGGCUCUGGGAGAAUGUUCUGGAAGAGCAGCAAAGGUGGGGUUUGGGGAGGCCUGGGUGGUUCCUGUGGUUGAGCACAAAAUCCUCGCUGGGUCUCUCCAGGUUGCCAGAAUUCCAAGGUCUCUGGUGGUUCCUGGAAUUACCCUCUGUGAAAAGCUGGGAAUGCAGCGAGUUUGUGAAUUCACGUUUUUGCCUGCUGGAGUGGAGUGGAUUUCCCCCCAAAUCCCCUCAUUCUGCCUUGGGGUGACCCGCAGGGUGAGGGGCAGUGUGUCCCUGUCCCUGGCAGGGUGGGUAAGGGGGAAUUCCCCCUCAGUGCAGGCUGGGCUGGCAGAAAUUCGGGAAUGCUGGAGGAGCCCAGCUGAGCCCGGUUCUGUGGGGACAGAAAUCCCACUCUGGGCUCGUGCUGGCUCUGCUUUAGCUCAUCCUCACAAACAGGGAUGGUGUGGGGCAGGGAUCCCUCCCCUGGGGGGACAGGGAAUUCCUUUUGCCCAGGGAAUUCCUUUUUCCAAGGAAUUCCUUUCCCCAGGGAACUCCUUUUGCCCAGGGAACUCCUUUUUCCCAGAGAACUCCUUUUUCCAGGGAAUUCCUUUUCCCAGGUAACUCACUUUCCCCAGGAAACCUUUUUCCAAGGAAUUCAUUUUCCCAGGUAACUCCUUUCCCCAGGAAAUUCCAUUUUCCCCAGGGAACUCCUUUUGCCAAGGAAAUUCCUUUCUCCAAGGAAUUCCUUUCCCCAGUGAACUCCUUUUUCCCAGGGAACUCCUUUUGCCCAGAGAAUUCCUUUUCUCCAGGGAGCUCCUUUCCCCAAGGAAUUCCCUUUUCCAAGGAAUUCUUUUUCCAGGGAAUUCUUUUUCCAAGGAAUUCCUUUUUCCAGGGAAUUCCUUUUCCCAGGGAACUCAUUUCCCCAGGAAAUUCCUUUUCCCCAGGGAACUCCUUUUGCCCAGGUAACUCCUUUUCCCCAGGGAAUUCCUUUUCCCAGGGAACUCCUUUUUCCUCCCUGGCACAGCUGCAGCAGCACAGACCUCGGGCUGGAGCUCAAAUGCACUAUUCAGGAUUCCCACAGGUUUUUUUUCCCUCCUUUAAGCCAUAAGAUUUCCCCUUUGUUUAAAAUGAAAUUUUCAUUUUACUUUCCCCCCAGUUGGUUGGCAUUCCCUUAUCCAAACAGUUCUCUGGAGUUUUUUUUUGUCCCAGCCCCUCACCCAAAAAAUAUUUUUCCCCCCUUUUCGCUAAAUAGAAGAACAAGGAUUUCUUUUUUUGGGAACAAGGAUGUAAGAACAUCUGAGAGGUCAUUUCUCACACAGCUGGUGGACAAGCCAAAAGCUCAAGAUGGAAUUUCCCUGGAAUGGGAAUUCCCUUCUCCUGCAGAAGAUCCCUGCCUGCCCUGGUGUGUAGGGGUGGGAUCAGAAGGGUGAGGAGUGCCAACCUCAGGAGCGCUCAGACACUGUUCCAGUGCUCUCAGAUUGGAUAUUCUGAUUUUUAUCUCCCUGCUGUUCGAUUGCAUUCUCCUGGAUCCAGUAUUUUCUCCCAAAGCAAUCCCUGGAUUCCCUCCCCUUCCCCAAAGGUGCCAACUGACAAGCAGAUGUACUGCAAAAGGGAUACUGCAGCCAAAACACUGCUGUUUUAUUUUGAAUUAAGUCUUGUGGAGCUCUCUUCAUACUAGAAUAUUUUUAUUUUCUUUGUACAACAUACAAUCAUGUACUCUUAACAGAGAUUUACUUUAAAGAGAAGAAAAAAAAAUCUGGAGGUAUUCUUUAAAAAAAAAUACACAAAAAUCUUUAUUAAUAAUCCUGUAUUUUUACUGAUCAUGUUUGAAUGUCUAAAAAGACUUUAUUGUUCUAAUUAUCCAGAUGUAUGUUUGUAAAAUAGCUCUUUUAUGACUUAGCUGAUCGGGUUGUAUGUUUCUGGAAUUAAAUAUUGGUCACUUAAAAAAAAAAAAAAAGAAAUCUGUUUUCAGGACCUGGGAAAUAGAAAAUUUAAGCGUUUCAAAUAUCAUUAAAUAAGCUUAAAGGAAAA